AUGUCCACCCAAUGGAGCAAAACGCUCAGCUUCGAGGACCGCCACACCCUCUCGGCCCCCUCGCCCUCAUCAACCCCCGAUGAGCCAGCAACUCACACAUGGAGCCGGCCGCCCCUCAAGAACCUCACCCCCGGCCAGCCCAUGUCCCUCGCGGGCAUAUCCCUCCGCGCCUUCGCCCUCGGCCUCACCGCCUCCCUCGGCCUCGUGUCCACGGCGCUCGUCCUGGCGCUCACGUCCUCGCCGCUCUGGCGCGUGCCCCUGUUCCUCUGCGCCCUGUCCACCUUCCACUUCCUCGAGUUCUGGACCACCGCCGCCGCCAACACCCCCGAGGCCACGGUCCACGCCUUCCUCCUGACGGCCAACUGGCCCGCGUACCCCGUCGCCCACGCCGUCGCCUGCGCAGAGUGCGUGCUGACCGAGGUGGUGUUUCCGGGCCGGAGAUGGGCGCCGCCCGGGCUGGGCACGGCCCUGACGCUCGUGGGCCUCGUCAUGGUCGUGGGCGGCCAGGUGGUCAGGAGCGUGGCCAUGCUGACGGCCGGGCAGAGCUUCAACCACACGGUGCAGACGAGGAAGGCGGACUCGCACACGCUCGUCACCACGGGCGUGUACGGGCUCUGGAGGCAUCCCAGUUACUUUGGUUUCUUUUACUGGGGGCUGGGCACGCAGCUGGUCCUGGGCAACGUGUUUUGCUUCGUGGCGUAUGCCUAUGUCCUGUGGAAGUUUUUCAGCAGUAGGGUGAGGGUGGAGGAGAAAGGACUGGUCAAGUUUUUUGGCGAUGAUUAUGUACAGUAUAGAAGGAGGGUUGGAACUAUGAUUCCGUUUGUCGGCUAG